AGAGGUUCACUGGAGGUUUCUGCGGGGAGAAGAAGGGAGUCAGACAGGCGACAAGCAGUGCCGUCUUGGCCCCGGGGCAGAGGCUGGGGAGUGCGAGGGGGGAACCAAUGAGAGGGAGACAUCCACUCCUUCUCUCCUGCCCGGCUUGGCUCAGCUCGGCGCGCCCUGUAAUUAGGAGCUCCAACUUGUGGGCUGGGCGCCGCCACCGUGGACAACUUGGGAACGCCAGCUCCACACUCUUGUCUCUUUGUCUUGAGCAUUACUGAACACGUCGUGAACAAUGAACGGGCAACCAUCACCUGCCUUCGAGGAGAAGAAACCCAACCUCCGCGCGUCCCCGAGCCUGGCGGAGACUUCACCCGCGGAUAUGGGCUUCUACGGCGCCCACGGCGCGCUCCAUGGCUCGCAGGAUUUUUACGCAGCGCAGCAGUCUUACUCGACUCAACACAUGAGCCCUUACGCGUACACCCACUACAACCUGAACGGUAUGGUCCCCGGUGGCGCCUUCCCAUGCGGAAAAAGCGAGUACACGUACCCGCAUUCGGCGUACAGGGAGCCCGGGGGCUUCAGCAGAGAGACGCAGUCAACACUUCCAGAUAGUGGUGCUGGAUUGAACACACUUAACCAAACGUCUCCUCCGAUAGUGAAAGAAGAACCAGAGAUGGAGGUUCGGAUGGUAAACGGGAAACCCAAGAAGGUUCGGAAGCCGCGGACAAUUUACUCCAGCUACCAGCUAGCCGUCCUACAGAGGAGAUUCCAGUCGGCCCAGUACUUGGCCCUACCAGAGAGGGCCGAGCUUGCCGCACAGUUGGGCCUGACACAGACACAGGUCAAAAUAUGGUUCCAAAACCGUCGCUCCAAAUUCAAGAAACUCUACAAGAAUGGAGAGUUUCCACUGGGGGACAUUGCGCUGGAGCAAAGCCCGGAGGCAAGCGAUUCAAUGGCUUGCAACUCUCCCCCAUCUCCGGCUGCGUGGGAAAACAACAAUAGCAGCAGCAGCAACGCCCCCAACAACACAAGCAGCAACGACACAAACACUAACAGCAGCCUUAAGAAUAAUACAAUGCUGGGCCCUACCAGCAGGGAGCAGGAUUCUUAUCAGCCCUCAGGUGAUUCCUCCUCUGUCUACAUGGAGGAGUACACGCACCAGAAUUGGUACCAGCAGCAGGACGCACAUUUAGGCUUGCAGGCGGCCGGCACUACCCACCACCCGUCGUCAUCGGCGCCCCCCGCCCCCAUUGGGGCCGUUUACUGAGUCCCGAACAUACUGAAGACAUUCAACCCAAACAGGAGGGAAGUUUUGGGAUCAUUCAGAAAUACCCAAAGGCGUUCCUCUAAAGCAGGAUGAAAAUGGACUUUCCAUAUUGAACAUUUGAAACAUGACCAAAGUUCCCAAAUGCAUUCAUUUGCUUAAUGCCAUUUAUAGCCAUAGACAGACUACUGUUGAUAUUCUACAUUUAAGUUUUUUUUUUUUUUUUUCUGGAGAUGGGAUCGAACCCCGCAACCUCUGAACUUUAAGGUGGACAGUGUGCCACCAUGUCACAAUUUUUCUGUACUAAUAAUUUUGUAACCAAUGAAAUCACGUUACACAAAAUUUCACAGCGCACAGUUACAAGGGACCGCUGCAACCCAGUAAGGUGUAUAAGUAACCAAUUAAAUAAUGAAGUUAUAUAUAAUUUCACAGCGCACAAUUAUAUGGGGUCGCUGCAAUCCCGGAAGAUGUAUAAGUGGUGUAUGUAUUUUCAGUAUAUAUAAACGAUUAUAAAUGAUAAAGAAACUAAUUUGCAAUGCUAUCUAACAACAAAAACACAUCUCAGUAGCCUUGAUUCAAUCCUUGGAGCCUGAUACUCAAGGGAAAAAAAUGAGAGGGCGUCAUGAUUAGACCUUUUUCCUCACUGUUGUUUGUUGAUGAAGGCUGAGUCGUUUCAAAGUCGUCACACAAGCAGAACAUGCGGCCGGGAUGUUUGUGAUGACACUCGUCAAGUAAAGACAAUUUCGUGUGAGGGAGGGCCGAGGUUAUAUACUUGACAUGCGAGUUGAUUUGUUAGUCGUUUGAACUUUUUGGAGUUAUGAGAGAAACAGAAAGCCAGGUGUGGUGUAUUGUCACCGGCAUGACAUUUACCGAACCCUAAGAAAGUAUUUCAACCCUCGGUCUGACAAUUAAAACUUCUCUAGGUGUUGUCAUUCACGGUGCAAUUAUUUUGUCAUUUAGGAAUGAGGACGCGACGGGUUUUUAAUUACCUUAACUUUUUAGUUGAGCAACAUGUGCCGCCAACGUCUCUGUGCUACUGGAUUGGUUUCUCUUAUUACUCAUAGGUCAGGUCAUUACAGACCAAUGUGCGGUUCACAAAGUCUAAAUGUCACUAAAACUUUCCCUAUUGAAAACGACUUGACCAUAAGCAUUCCUAUAUUUAGUUUUAAUGGAACAGGGCAAAAAAUAAAUAAAAUAUCUCCUUUUAGUGAGUUGUUUAGCAUUGUUUGUCAAAUUGCGUUCCUUCCCAGACUGCUGGAGUCAAGCGUCUUUUGAAAAGCGCUAUACAAAUUUAAUGAAUUAUUAUUAUUAAUGUUUAUUCUUGCUUGCCCUACUUAGCAAGUCUCAAUGUUGGCGUCGUUAAGGUAACUUGGCAAUAUCCUCAAGCGAAUCCAACACAAGUGUGGAAAGAAAAUAAUGGUGAGAUCAUUUAAAUGGAGAUUUACAUAUACCUGUAUAUAAAAUAGAAGAGGCAAAUGGUGCUAAAAAACACUUUCAUAGAAAAUGUAUAUUUUAUUGGUGUGUAACACGUGAUAAUAUUUUAUUUAUAUUUUUGGAUCAAAUUUGGUACAACACUUUGCAGAUUUGAAAUAAAACAUUUGACUUGA